GCUGUAUAAAUACAAGACAGAGAUGCUCACUGAGACAAGUGUGUGAAGAUUCUUCAAGACACAGACUCUUGAUAGGAAAACCUAAGAUGCCGCAUUACAGGGGUGAGAUUUUGGAUGUGGACCUGAGAUGUCGUGACAACAACUUGGCUCACCACACCGGGGAGAUCGAUCGUGAGCGCUUGAUUGUGCGAAGGGGUCAGCCCUUCGUCAUCUCAGUGCCGUGGUCAGAGUCUGCGCUCCAUGAAAACUCCCUGGCUUUGGUCCUGCACCUUGGCAAGCGAGAUGAGGUGGUGAUCAGGGUUGAGAAGGGCGGACACAACAAAGAUGGUUGGUGGUUUAAGCAGGAGGGAAGACAUGGAGAAGUGCUGCUGACUCUCCACAGCCCAGCGGACGCCAUCAUCGGCCAUUACCGCCUGGACGUGUUGAUGACAUCACCCAGUGGACAUGUGCUUGAGAAGAAAGAGAACAUUAACUUCCAUCUGCUUUACAACCCAUGGUGCAAAGAUGAUGCUGUGUACAUUCCCGAUGAGAAGCUCGUUCAGGAAUAUAUCAUGAAUGAGAAUGGGAUCAUUUAUGUUGGCACCUCGGACUACAUCCAUAGCCGCCAUUGGCACUUUGGACAGUUCGAAGAUAAUGUGAUGGACAUCUGUUUUGAAAUCCUGGACAACUCCAAUGAUGCCUUGAGAAACUCAGAGAAGGACUUGAAACAAAGGUGGGACCCGGUCUACGUUGGCAGGAUCAUCUCUGCCAUGGUAAACUCCAACGGUGAUCGGGGCGUGUUGGUGGGCCGCUGGCAGGAGCCGUACAGUGAUGGAGUCUCGCCUUCCAAAUGGACCAGCAGUGUUCCGAUCCUCCAAAAGUGGAGCAAUGGCAGAGCCAGGCCGGUCAAAUACGGCCAGUGUUGGGUCUAUGCUGCUGUGGCCUGCACGGUACUGCGUUGCCUGGGAAUCCCAACACGUCACAUUACCAACUUUGCUUCAGCUCAUGACACUGAUGGAAACCUUUCUGUGGACUUCCUGUUCAAUGAAAAAAUGGAGAGUCUUGAUUCAAGAGGAAGGUCCGACAGCAGCUGGAACUUCCACUGUUGGGUGGAGUCUUGGAUGAAGAGACAGGAUCUUCCACAGGGAAAUGAUGGCUGGCAGGUUUUGGACCCAACUCCUCAAGAAUUAAGUGAUGGGGAGUUCUGCUGUGGUCCAUGUCCCGUGACAGCCAUCAAGGAGGGCAAUCUGGGUGUCAAGUAUGAUGCUCCGUUUAUAUUUGCUGAGGUGAACGCUGACAUCAUACACUGGAUUGUCCGAAGAGAUGGCCAACGUCAGAAGAUCAGAGUGUCUCAGGACAGUAUUGGCGUAAACAUAAGCACCAAAAGUGUUUUCAGCAACAGCAGAGAAGAUGUCACUUCACAUUACAAAUAUCCGGAAGGCUCCAAGAAAGAGAGAGAGGUGUACGAGAAGGCGGGACGUCGAGGCAGAGAGCCGUCCACUGACAGGACAAAACCAGGCAAAAUGCAGAUGACCAUCAAACAUGCCAAACCUGUAUUCGGAUCAGACUUUGACGUCAUUGUUGAGUUGAAGAAUGACGGAGGAGUCCAAGCUGAAGCUCGUCUGACCAUGCUGGCCAAGGCAGUAACAUACAACUGUUUAAACCGAGGAGAGUUUGAGAGACAAACCAAGAAUGUCUCUGUGCCACCCCACAAAGUUCACAAGGAGGUGCUGCGCGUGCGGUACGCUGACUAUGCCAAGUGUGUCUCUGAGCACCAUGUGGUCAAGGUGAUGGCGCUCCUGGAGACCCAGGGAGAGAAUGAACCGGAUAUGGCCGUGGCCAAAAUCCCACUCAGCUUGCCUGAGUUGCUUGUAGAGGUUCCUAGUAAGGCAGUUGUACAUCAAGCGGUGACAGGCUCCAUCUCCUUUACCAACCCUCUACCGGUGCCACUGAGGCGGGGAGUUUUCACCGUGGAAGGGGCAGGCUUGGUGUCCCCGACUGAGGUCAAGAUGAACGGUGAAAUUGGCCCAGGUCAGAAAGUGUGCGUCAAGCUCACCUUUACCCCCGCGCGGGCUGGCAUGAGGAAACUGCUGGUGGACUUUGACUCAGACCAUCUCCAAGACGUGAAGGGAGCCGCUACACUGAUUGUUGGCCAAUAUUUCUAGCCACUGGUUUCGCUGUAAAACAUUGUGACAGUUAUAUUUUCUGCUAAGUAUCUGAAGUAGAAGCAUCACCAAAAAAGGUUUUAUGCUCCUACUUCGUUUGCCUUAUAAAGGCAUCUAAUUUCGUCCAUGACCUGUAUUGCAAAAUUUAAAAGACGCACAAAUGACCACUGGUAAAAUAAUCAAAAUUCUCCAAGCUGCAGCAGCAUUAUGUAUCACAAAUCAAAUCAAAUGUAUUUUUGUAUGCUUGGUUGAACUGAUUCAUGCGCACUAUUCCAUGAUGAUGAGUGUGCAAAGCUAAAAUGCAUGAUUUACUCAGGAUUCUUUUAAUAAAGAUUGUUUCUUGCACUGAUUA